AGUCAGAACCGGCGCGCAAUUUUUUUGGCAACUUGUUUUCUCUAGGAGGAACUGCUAAGUCAGAACCAGCGCGCAAUUUUUUUGGCAACUUGUUUUCUCCAGGAGGAACUGCUAAGUCAGAAUCGGUCCACCCGUCCAAACCAUUGGACAUAGCUUUUUGGACUGUGAUGGGGACCACUGCAGCCUAUCUUGGUCUUGUGCUCUAUGCUAUGCUUAACAGAUCGGAUGAGCUAGGCACAGAUGAAGAAUAUCGUAAUUUUUCUAUCAAAGUGUUGGAUGAUUCGAACAAGGGGGUCACUGGAAAAGGCCGUACCUUGGAUGAAGUGAACAAAGUGUUGGAUGAUUCGAGUAAGGGGGUCACUGGAAAAAGGCGUACCUUGGAUGAAGUGAACAAAGUGUUGGAUGAUAUAAUCAAAGCCGUGGAAGAUUUGAAGAAGGCGGCCACAAAUUCAAGUGCAAAGCCCAGUGAUGUCAGUGGAAAAGGCGGUAACUUUGAUGAUGUGAACAAAGGGACCACAGAUUCAAGCAGGAAGUCCGGUUACAUUGACGCCAAAAAAGGUAGCGUGUCGAUGAAAUCAACCACGGGAUUCCGUGGUGUCAAGGGAGUUGACGAAGCAAAAGCUGAGCUCGAGGACUUAGUUCACUACCUAAGGAAUCCCAAGCAUUUCACGAGCCUUGGUGGCAAGCUUCCAAAGGGUGUUCUGCUCGCUGGCCCACCAGGCACAGGGAAGACCAUGUUGGCGAGAGCUGUAGCCGAGGAAGCUGGCGUCCCAUUCUUUGCACGCAGUGGCAGCGAGUUCGAGGAGAUGUGGGUGGGUGUUGGGCCUAAAAGAGUGAGGGAGCUCUUCAGUGAAGCAAAGAAGCAAUCCCCUUGCAUCAUAUUCAUCGAUGAAAUCGACACCAUCGCUGGGCAAAGGCAAGUAAAUGACAUAAAUGGGGCGAGGGAAACUCUGAACCAGCUGCUCGUCGAGAUGGAUGGCUUCAAGCAGAAUGAUGGUAUCAUUGUUCUCGCAGCGACCAACUUCCCACAGUCGCUAGAUAAAGCCGUUAUUAGACCCGGGCGUUUUGACCGUCAUGUUCAGGUUCCUAAUCCAGAUGUUGAGGGCCGGCGGCAGAUCCUAGAGGCUUGUAUGUCAAAGGUCAAAGCCAAGGGUGUGGAUCUGAUGACCAUUGCAAGGGGGACACCGGGAUUCUCAGGUGCAGCCCUUACAAACUUGGUGAACGAGGCUGCUCUGAAGGCUGCCAAGGAUGGGUCGGAAGCUGUUACGAUGGAUCACAUUGAAUAUUCCAAGGACAAGAUCAUGAUGGGCAGCGAGCGCAAAUCGGCGGUGAUACCUGAUAACUGCAGGAACAUGACUGCGUACCACACGGGAGGAAGGGCCCUUGUUGCUAUCCACACGGAUGGCGCUCACCUUAUCUACAAGGCUACCAUUAUCCCGAGGGGAAACUCUCUUGGCAUGGUGAUCCAGAUGCCCGAGGAAGAAGAUGCCUAUAAAUUCUCAAGGAAGAAGAUGCUAGCGAAAUUGGACGUCCUCAUGGGCGGCAAGGUGGCCGAGGAGGUUAUAUUUGGAGAGAGCGAGGUGAGCUCUGACGCCUUGUCUGGUCUAAGAGAGGCGACUCAGCUGGCGACAGACAUGGUCACCAAGUAUGGAAUGAGCCAGCGGAUCGGCCCUGUUUGCUAUGGCAACAAUGAUGGGAAGCAGACGGCGACCUUGAGUUGGCAAGCGACAGCCCUGGUCGAUGAGGAGGUGAAAGAAUUACUGGUCAAGGCUCGCAAGAACGCGGAAAAUAUUAUCACGGCGCACCGCAACGAGCUUAAUGUGCUAGCCGACGCCCUUCUCGAGCAUGGAACUCUCACCGGAGACCAGAUCAAGCAGUUGGUAAAUGGUCCUAAAAUUAGUAAUGUGCAGAAUCAGGAAACACCAUCUUCAUCCUAACCCAAGCAGUGGAGAUG